UCACUGGCUGUUAGACCUAUUACUCAUGCUAAUACAAAAUACAUAAAUUAAAAACACUGUCUUGCAUUAAAAAUUUUUUAAUAAAAGUAUUUCAAAAAUAAAUGUUUAUAUUGAGUGCAACUAAUAAUCUGAAAAGGACAUCUCAACACAUCAUUAUAUCAUAUUGAAUGAUACUACAAUUGGUGAGGCGGCUUCACAUAACUCCCGUCUGUCAAGCUGCGGAGUCCUCACUGCUGGCUAAGCUGAGGAAAAAGACGGGCUACACCAUUGCCAACUGUAAAAAGGCCCUUGAAAUGAACAACAAUGAUUCAGAUAAGGCAGAAGCAUGGCUGAAUGAGCAAGCACAGGCUAUGGGUUGGGCUAAAGCAACUAAACUGGCCGGGCGCAAAGCUCUCCAAGGCUUGGUGGCUGUGAAGUAUGACAAGAACCAUGGCGCCCUCGUGGAACUCAACUGUGAGACAGACUUUGUGGCCAAAAACGAUAAGUUCCAAAAGGUUCUAGAAGAUGCAACAUUAGCAUGUUACAAGUUUGCACACACCAACUUGCAAUCUAAGGGACCUAUUACAAAAUUGGAGUUGGACAGUGAGCAACUCGGAGGUUUAACAGCUGAUGGUGGCAAAAAGCUCUCGGAAGUAUUGGCACUGUUUAUUGGAUCUGUCGGUGAAAAUGCCAUCUUACGACGAGCUGAAUGCUGGAAAGCGAACAGCAGUGAUGUAAAAAUUACUGCUUACACCCACCCCGCGCCGUCUACACCUAGAGAUUAUUCUACAGGGAAAUAUGGGGCCUUGCUCGCUUACAAACAGCCCAACGACGUAGAAGAUGUCGGCAAACAGAUAUGCCAGCAUAUUGUAGGAUGUGCGCCUAGAAAGAUUGGCGACAAGGAUAAAGACAAGCCUUCAAAGAACGCCGAUGACGAGACUUGUCUAAUCUUCCAAGAAUAUUUAUUAGAUCCUUCCUACACUGUUGAGGAGAUCAUUCAGAAUAAUAAACUGGAAGUUGUAGAUUAUGUGAGGUUUUCAUGCGGCGAAGAAGCGGAAGAAGAAAUGCCUGGGUUUGAAAAACAGCCGUUAGACACAGUUCAGACCCUUCAGUAAUAGACAUUACAUUCAUUGCAAAGCAUUUUAUUUUACGAACUGUACAAUAAGUAGAUAAUAAUAUUUUUUUUCCUCAAACAA